UUGCUUCCCUCUUGCGUGCUGAUUUGAGAGCUUCUCUGAGUCUCACUAAUCUGCUCUCAAAAUGGCCGUCACCUUCUCAGAUCUCCGCACGGAAUCAGGACUCAAGUCCCUCAAUGAAUUCCUCUCUGGCAAGACCUACAUAUCUGGGGAUCAGUUGACCAAGGAUGACAUUAAAGUCUAUGCCUUUGUAAAGAACCCGAGCGACGCUUUUCCGAAUGCCAGCAAGUGGUACGAUGCCGUCUCUUCACGUCUUGUUGAAAGCUUCCCUGGAAAAGCUCAAGGGGUGAGUUUCAGUGGCCAGGCUGCUUCAGCUGAAGCUGCACCUGCCAAGCCGGCUGGUGCUGAUGACGAUGAUGACCUUGACCUCUUUGGUGAUGAGACAGAGGAAGAAAAGGCCGCAGCAGAGGCAAGGGAGGCUACUAAAAAGGAAUCCUCCAAGAAGAAAGAGAGUGGGAAGUCCUCUGUUCUGCUUGAUGUGAAGCCUUGGGAUGAUGAGACAGACAUGAAGAAGCUUGAAGAGGCUGUUCGUUCGAUUCAGAUGCCUGGGCUUCUGUGGGGAGCAUCCAAACUAGCUCCUGUUGGUUACGGUAUUAAGAAGAUGCAGAUAAUGAUGACCAUUGUUGACGACCUUGUCUCUGUGGAUUCCCUUAUUGAGGAACAGCUUACAGUGGAGCCAUGCAGUGAGUAUAUUCAGAGUUGUGACAUUGUUGCGUUCAACAAAAUCUAAGGUUUCUUUGCUGGACAUAAGUGUGGCCAUUUUCAAGCGGCUGAUUUAUCUGUUCUUGGUUAAUAACCCUCGUUUAUCGUUGUGUUUGUUUCUGUUUUAAUGUUCGUUUUGUUACUAGAAAUUAUGAAGAGAAGGAAUAUAUCUUAAGUAUUCUUAAUUGUGUUAUGGUGCUACCUCAAAUAGUGUCCUUGUAAACCGCUUACAUAGAUGAAUGGGAUUGACGUUUAUGGACAGAGUGCAUCCAUUUGAUUCUGGUUGGAAAAAUUGGCAGAUAAGGAUUCAUAAUUUAUACGUAUGAUAGAUGAGGAUUCUAAUCAAAUAUUUUCUCAAAAUAUUAUUGGAGUCAACUAUAGUCGGUGA